AUGGCCGAGGGGGGCCUCGGCCUUGGCGUAUUGACUUUGGAUGACUUUGCGCUGCGUCGGGAGCCGCCAAGGGCCUUCGUGGUGGCCUCCUCUCUUCUUUGGAGUGGAGAGGUCGAGCGAUCCUUGGCCCAGUGCCCCUUGGAGGAAGUGGAGGCGCCAAGUAAUUUUGACGAGGGCACUGGGAGACGGUACCCGGCCCUUGCCACGGCCCGUGAUGAGGUCGACGGCCUUCGUCAAGACAUGAAGGAGGCUCGGAAGCGGGCAGAGUCUUCGGAGGGUCGUCUUCUAGAGGACGCUUUGAAGCGGGAGCGCACAGAGGCUGAGGCGUGGAAAGCUGCUGAAGACCUUCGGGAUCCCAAUGGAAGGGUGUCUUUGGAACUUGUUGAGCCUAUCCUAUCCGAGGCAGUAGCCGCAAGAGCUUCCAAUGGAAUGACACAACCAGUUGCAGCCCUAGGCAUGCACCAUGUUCAUUGGAAUGCCCAUUUUGGGCAUCCUCUGCCAAAGAAUGUUUUGAGGAAACACAUAAAGAAAAAGCCGAAGGUUGUGCAACCAUCAACUUGUGAAGUCUGCAAGAUUCAGUGCGACACCCUAGAGGUUGUCAUGAUCCACAAGCAGGGGAAGAAGCACAAGAAAAAUCUGGAGAGGUUGCAAGACUCCAUCACCCCAAAACCAAUAAAGCCCCCAAGUAAUGUCAUCGGACCAAAUGUGGCACCUGCUGCUGUUGCCAACUGCACGGUGCCAGCUGCACAGCCGAAAUCCUCCGCAGCAACCCCGGAAGAACUGGAGGUGAAGAAGAGGCGAGUGCUUGAGGCAGGAGCAGCCCGAGGCGAAGUAAAAAUCUGCACUGUGUGCAAUGGUGUUUUCAACAGUCAGAAAGUAUAUGAGUUUCACAUAGCUGGGCAGAAGCACCAGGCCAUGGUACAGAAGCAGCAAGCGCUGCAAUUCGUAGUAUGA